AUGCCACCAUCAUCUCACGAUAACUCUCAAGUGGACCGCAGUUCACCGAAUUACUUUAUCCGAAAAUUUAUGGAGCCUGAUAUGCGUGGUGUCACCCCCUCUUUGGUUGCACAUCUAGAGGUGAACCUGAGAUCACGUCCAAUAGACUGGGUGGUCAAGUUUAUUGAUCUUGAGGGUGUACGUGCAGUAAUAGGUGGACUCAAAUACGUAAAUCAUAAACCAGACGAAGAAAGGAAAGAGCUGCUGCUUGAUAUUGAAGUGGAAAUUACAAAGUGUAUCAAAGUCUUGCUCAACACGAGAUGGGGUAUUAGAGAAACAAUUGGUCACCCAACCUACAUCCAUUCUAUUGUGUAUUCUCUUGUAUGUCCACAUUGGCAAACACGAAAGUUUAUCUGUGAUAUGCUCUUCUUCCUGUGUCAUUGUGAGCUUCCCAAGGGACAUGAACAGGUUCUUAAAGGUUUCGAAUCAUUGAGUGCACAUCGUAAAGAUCUGGGUAUAUUUGACGGUUGGAUGAAGGAUCUCGAAAAAACCGUUGAUGGUCGUGGUAAACUUGGGUCUUUGGUGGGAGCAAACGACGAUUUUAAGCGUCUUGGAGUUUACAAUGCGCCAGACAAUCAUUUAAUGGAAUAUGCGGUAAGAAUAAGUGUCUUAGUGAACGAUCCAUUAAAUAAAGGAUAUAAUAAGAUGUAA